GGCAGACCUGUCACGGUGCUGCUGUGAAGAAAAUCGGUCUGGUAGAGAGGGGGAAGGCAUCCAGUGCCUGCCAUUGCAGUGCGGCUGCUUUGGAGCCACGCCAGACGAUUUAUUCAUUAUUUUCCUAAAAAGGAUUUCACCCAUACAUUGUAAGGACCAGUACACCGAAUAAGAAGAUGCUACAGAAAAUAGCACGGAGGUCACAGACAUAGAAACAAAAUAUAAAAUGAUCCUAUAUGAUACCAGGAACAUCUGCAAAAAGACAGAGAGAUACUGGAUGAAAAAAGAGAAGGGAGAAUUGAUAUCCAUCUCUGAGCUUACAAAGCGAGAACAAAGAAGCAAGAGAUGGAAAUGUAACCAAUGGACUAGAAGACGGACUUUAAAGAGAACAGUUGCAAUGGAGACCUACCUAUCAGGCAACACAACACCUCAGUCACCAGAUGACUUGCAGCCAGAACAUGAGGCUAACAUACCUGCCACUAACUUACCUGCCCCUGAUGCACGCCCUGAUACCCCGUCGUCACCGUCUGCAACAGGAAUGAGAAGUCCAAUACUUGCUGGAAGGAAAAAGGUUGGAAGAGGUCGCUCAAAAACAUGACAAAUGUCAAAUCUGAUGAAGCUUAACGGAAAACUGAGAAAUACAAAAAAAAAGGUAUGAUCAACCGAUGAAGAAAAUGGAUAGACCAGAUUCGCCCAAAGACAAAACAGAAAGUGAAGGGAACUACGAAGAACUUGAGAAGGAUUUUAUUGUUUCAAAAUAACCAUCAUUUCAGAGUUAAAGCAAAAGUAUCAGAAAAUGUGCAGUGCCAAAAGACAAACAAGUGGCUUCAAAAAUGCUCAGAGGAAACAUCCUGAGAAAGUACGGCCUGGCCAAAGCUGCAAACAGAGAAUUUCGAUUUUCAAGCAAAAGCAACAAGGGCAAAUGAAAACAGGCCAUCAAGUCUUCAAUACUCCAGAAAGAAUCCGUGUAACAGAAUUAUAGCACAGCCACAGAAGAGAAAAUCACUAGAUUCUAUGAACGUGAUGACAACAGCAGAGCAGCAACAACAGGGGAAAAAGACACACUAACAAGGAACAAGAAGGAAAGAAAGAAAACAAGCAGAAACGCUUCUUGAAUGGCACAGUUCAGAACCUUCUUAUCAGAAGUUUAACAGGAAAUAUUCAGAGAGAUUCAAAUGUCCGACGAUGAAUUGUUUAAAAUACGUUUUUGUGUUGUCAGAACCUUAUUGGGUCGUUGUGCUGUCAGAACCUUAUUGGGUCGUUGUGCUGUCAGAACCUUAUUGGGUUGUUGUGCUGUCAGAACCUUAUUGGGUCUUUGUGUUGUGAGAACCUUAUUGGGUCUUUGUGCUGUCAGAACCUUAUUGGGUCUUUGUGCUGUCAGAACCUUAUUGGGUCUUUGUGCUGUCAGAACCUUAUUGGGUCGUUGUGCUGUCAGAACCUUAUUGGGUCUUUGUGUUGUGAGAACCUUAUUGGGUCGUUGUGCUGUCAGAACCUUAUUGGGUCUUUGUGUUGUGAGAACCUUAUUGGGUCUUUGUGCUGUCAGAACCUUAUUGGGUCUUUGUGCUGUCAGAACCUUAUUGGGUCUUUGUGCUGUGAGAACCUUAUUGGGUCGUUGUGCUGUCAGAACCUUAUUGGGUCUUUGUGCUGUCAGAACCUUAUUGGGUCGUUGUGCUGUCAGAACCUUAUUGGGUCUUUGUGCUGUCAGAACCUUAUUGGGUCUUUGUGUUGUCAGAACCUUAUUGGGUCUUUGUGCUGUCAGAACCUUAUUGGGUCUUUGUGCUGUCAGAACCUUAUUGGGUCGUUGUGCUGUCAGAACCUUAUUGGGUCGUUGUGUUGUGAGAACCUUAUUGGGUCGUUGUGCUGUCAGAACCUUAUUGGGCCGUUGUGCUGUCAGAACCUUAUUGGGUCUUUGUGCUGUCAGAACCUUAUUGGGUCUUUGUGCUGUCAGAACCUUAUUGGGUCUUUGUGCUGUCAGAACCUUAUUGGGUCUUUGUGUUGUGAGAACCUUAUUGGGUCGUUGUGCUGUCAGAACCUUAUUGGGUCGUUGUGCUGUCAGAACCUUAUUGGGUCUUUGUGCUGUCAGAACCUGAAGAAAGAGUGCAUGUAUAGAGAGUCCUGCCUUUGUCAAGCAAAAGAGCUUAAAACAUCUGACUUUGAUGCUGGUGAGCAGACAUGGUGGUUUGAGUGGAAAAACAAAGCUGAAGAGAGAGAAAGAAAAACAAAGCUGAAGAGAGAGAGAAAGAGAAGGAAAAACAAGGCUGAAGAGAGAGAGAAAGAGAAGGAAAAACAAAGCUAA